AAUUUAAACCCUUAUAUAAAUUCAGCAUUAGGGUUUUUUGGUGCCCCUGAAGACCAUCUCUUUCACUGGAGGCCACUCUUCGCGUUGCCGAACGCCAGGUAUUUUUGAAGAGAUUUAAAAAUGGUAGAGAAGACCAAAGGAAGAAAGGAGGAGGUAGUCUCCAGAGAGUACACUAUUAACCUUCACAAGCGCCUUCAUGGCUGCACCUUUAAGAAGAAGGCUCCUAAGGCCAUCAAGGAGAUCAGGAAGUUUGCUGAGAAGGCCAUGGGUACAAAGGAUGUGAGAGUGGAUGUUAAGCUGAACAAGCAUAUCUGGAGCAGGGGAAUCAGGAGUGUGCCCAGAAGAAUUAGAGUUCGCAUUGCUCGCAAGAGAAACGAUGAUGAAGAUGCCAAGGAAGAGUUGUACUCCCUCGUAACAGUUGCAGAAAUCCCCGCAGAAGGACUGAAGGGACUCGGGACUAAGGUCAUUGAAGAAGAUGAUUGAUUCGUCAACUGUUUUCUCGAAGAGGUGGUAAGAUGAGAUUAGGUUGUAGGUUUGAUUUGUUGAAUGAAAGAAGACUCAUAUUUUAAUUGUUGUCUUUGGAGAUCUUUUUUGAAUUAACUUAUAAUUCCUGGACUUGUUCAGUAUUAAGUUCAAUUGUUUUUGGGUUACAUUAA